AAUAAGAGCCCGGAUAGCUCAGUCGGUAGAGCAUCAGACUUUUAAUCUGAGGGUCCAGGGUUCAAGUCCCUGUUCGGGCGGUCGUGUUUUAUGUAAACGUGAACGAUUCAAAACAGUCAAUUAUAAAAUGAAAACGGUAGUUAUGUAUGAGUAAGAGCACUUGAAAAUGAAACACGGUUAUAGUAAUUACAAAUAUUUGGCUGUUUAUAGUAGACAUGAUGUAACAGGAAGCCACUGAAGAGCGCUUAAAAGGCAGACACCAGACACCCAGACUGCGUAUGUCUGCAGUCAUGCAACAUUCAUUGGUUAUCAUCCUCUUGGCCCUAGCAGGACCAUGCUUUUCCUUACCUGUACAGAAUUCCUCUUCUUCAUACCUUGAAGCAAGCAGAGGUAAAAGAAGCUACUCAGAUGACAUUGAGGAAAAUGAUAAAACUGCCAUGGACAACAUUAUAGAUGUAAAUGACUAUGAAGGUGUCUAUUCUGUGGACGGUACUAGUCUCAGAGAGGGAGAUAUAGCUGUGUCUGGUAGGAGUCAGAGGAGCUGUUUUGCCAGGAGUUGCCUGUGGAAAAAAUCUGUUGAUGGACAUGUGUACAUUGCCUACACACUUUCUCCUGAGUACAGUGAUGUGGACAUACAGAACAUUAAGAGAGGCAUGGGACAGAUUGAACAUGACACCUGUGUGCGCUUUGUGUCCAGAACACAUCAGAAUGACUACCUGGAUAUUCAGCCCAAAUCAGGAUGCUGGUCAUAUCUGGGCGCACGUGGUGGCAGACAAACGCUUUCACUACAGUCACCAGGGUGCACUAUACCCGGGGUCACCUCACAUGAGUUAAUGCAUGCCCUGGGCUUUGUGCAUGAACAGUCACGGGCCGAUCGCGACAACUAUGUCACCAUCGUGUGGUCCAAUAUAUGGAAAGACAGGAUGAGGAAUUUUGAAAAGUUCAAAACAAACAACUUGGACACCCCCUAUGACUUCGGCUCUAUCAUGCACUUUGGAAUGUAUGCCUACUCUGAAGAUGGUGGUCCUACCAUUUUACCAAAACGGAACCGGAAUGUGAAGAUUGGACAGAGAUCAGGACCCAGUGACUUGGAUAUAAUGAAGAUCAAUAAUAUGUAUAAUUGUGAUAUGGAAUAAAAUCCAUGUAACUAAUAAACCAUCACAAGGCUAAAAUCAUUAAAAUAUGAUAAAACUCAUCUGAAAUCAUUAACAUAUUUAAUUAUGUACCUAAUUAAAAAUGUUAAUUGAUGUCAUGAUAUAUAAUAUUAAGUCAUUUACAUAUAGGUACAUAUAGGCAUUUUAUCAGAUGCUUUUAUUCAAGGUGAAGCCACUUUUAUUGAGGAAAACAAUAUCAUUAUUGUAAUGUUUUACUUAUACUGUUAUUUUUGUUGCUUAUUCUCACACGUAGAUGAUCUCAGCACUUUAUAUAAA